AUGUCUCGUCCACCAAACUACGAGUUUCAGGAAUGGUGGAACAAGCAGCGAUCCAAGGACCGCGCCGACGACCCUUUCUGCUCUUCCGCGUCCGAGGACAUACGAUUCCUGGCCGUCAACAUCCACAGUACGACCUCCUCUGAUGCCUCUGCCUUCGCCGCGGCGGAGAAGGACCGCUCGCGCAGCGCGCGGCAGCUCUCCUGGAUUUACCUCCUCAAGUUCAACCAAAUUGCGUAUUCGUUAUCUUCCCUUCCUGGCAGAUUCCUCUCCCUCGCCCGCACCGCCAAACGCCGCAUAUCCUCGGCCUCCCAUGGAUCUCGUUCCGAAUCUUCUAACUUUUACAAAAUCAUCAAGUUCUUUUUGAUACUCAGCGUCUGUCUUCUUUUCAUUGAGCUUGUCGCGUACUACAGGGGAUGGCUUUUUUCUCCUCCUACUCUGGAAGCGGGGUUGGAGUUCUCGGUGGAAUAUAUAUAUGCCAAGUGGUUGGAAGUUAGGGCCAAGUAUUUGGGGCCUUUGUUACAGAGCUUGACGAAUGUGUGCAUUGUGUUGUUUUUGAUACAGUCUGUAGAUCGGUUUGUUUUGGUGCUUGGUUGUUUUUAUAUUAAGAUUAGAGGGUUGAGACCGGCUGCGAAGCUGAACUAUAAGCAGGAUGCCGAGAAAGGGAGCAUAAAUGUCGCUGACUAUCCAAUGGUGAUGGUGCAAAUACCAAUGUGCAAUGAGAGGGAGGUAUACCAGCAAUCUAUUGCAGCUGUAUGUGUCCAGGAUUGGCCUAGGGAGAGGAUGCUUGUACAAGUUUUGGAUGAUUCUGAUGAUACUGAUGUUCAAUCCGUUAUUAAGGCAGAAGUACAUAAAUGGCAACAUAGAGGUGUGCACAUCAUUUACAGGCAUCGUCUUAUUCGGACAGGAUAUAAAGCAGGGAACCUUAGAUCUGCAAUGAGUUGUGAUUAUGUCAAGAAUUAUGAGUUUGUAGCCAUCUUUGAUGCAGAUUUCCAGCCAGCACGAGAUUUUCUGAAGAACACUAUUCCUUACUUUAAGGGAAAAGAUGACCUUGCGCUGGUACAAACCAGGUGGGCUUUUGUCAACAAGGAAGAAAAUCUGCUUACACGACUGCAGAAUAUAAAUCUGGCCUUUCAUUUCGAGGUUGAACAACAGGUCAAUGGGUGGUUCCUCAACUUUUUUGGAUUCAAUGGGACGGCUGGUGUUUGGAGAAUUAAAGCCAUCGAGGACUGUGGUGGAUGGAUGGACAGAACAACUGUCGAGGACAUGGAUAUUGCUGUCCGUGCACACUUGUGCGGUUGGAAAUUCAUUUAUCUAAAUGAUGUUAAGUGUCUCUGUGAACUUCCCGAGUCGUAUGAAGCAUACAAAAAGCAGCAACACCGCUGGCAUUCGGGGCCCAUGCAGUUAUUUCGGUUGUCUUUUUACAGCAUACUGCAUGCAAAGGUGAGUUUGAUGAAGAAAGCAAACCUAAUACUUCUUUUCUUUCUUCUCCGUAAACUCAUCCUACCCUUGUACUCCUUCACCCUCUUCUGCAUCAUCCUUCCGUUGACCAUGUUCCUUCCUGAAGCCCAACUCCCUCCGUGGGUCGUCUGCUACAUGCCUGGUCUCGUGUCCAUACUAAACAUCCUCCCUUCCCCACAAUCUUUCCCCUUCAUUGUCCCUUACCUUCUAUUUGAGAACACAAUGUCUGUUACAAAAUUCAAUGCCAUGGUAUCAGGCCUUUUCCAAUUAGGAAGCUCCUAUGAGUGGAUUGUGACCAAGAAAUUGGGCCGCUCUUCGGAGGCUGAUCUGCUUGCCAUCGCGGUGAAUGGGACUGCCGAGAAGUGCCAAGUGGCGAGAUCCAGCUCAGACUCGGGCCUCAGUAAGUUGGGGGGAAUGAAUAAGAAGAGCGGGAAAAGAAGAAAUCGGUUGUACAGAAAGGAGCUUGCACUCUCGUUUAUUUUGCUGACUGCCUCGGUGAGAAGCUUGAUGUCAGCCCAGGGGAUUCAUUUCUAUUUUCUUUUGUUUCAGGGGAUAACUUUUCUAGUGGUUGGCCUCGACUUGAUUGGGUAA